AUGGAUGUCCCAAGGCCCGAUGGUCCAGAUACAGACAGAGGUACUAGAAUUCUCAUCGGGUGUUGGGUACUUACAGGACUUGUAUUUCUUGUCCUCGUAUUUCGAUACACGGUGAAGGCAUGGGCCGCAUGGUUUCUUCCGACGAUUUCGAAGCCUGAACGCAUCUGGGGUCCCGAAGACUUUUUUUUUGCACUUGGAUAUAGCUUUGAUGUUGCUCAUACUGCACUUGUUUGGAAAAGCCAUGAAUGGGGCCUAGGACGACAUUUCUUCUAUCUGACACCGAUCGAGAGAAAUCUUGCCAUGAAGUGGGAUUUCAUCUCUCAACCACUCGCGGUCGCUGCGUCAAUGUGGUCGAGGACUGGCGUGAUCCUGUUCUUAUACAGAUGCUUCGCGUCAAACAAGAAAAGCCUGCGAAUUAUUGUUAUUGUUUGUCUCGUUGUCCAGCUUGUUGCCAACCUGUUCACGAUUCUUCAAAUCUUCCUACAGUGCGGUCCUAAUCCUUAUCGACUCACCAAUAGAGCGGCCUACUUCCACUACAUGUGGGACCCAUUGCCGAGCGACGGCUCGGCAAUAUGUCAAGCUCCUACCGUGCAGGCAACGGUAGGAUAUGUCCAAGGAGCAUUGAAUUGUCUUGUCGACUUUGCCCUAACGUACUUGGCUGGUUUCGAGCUCUGGCAAUUCAUAUUCCGAGACAACCACAGCGGCGUGCGUCGUUCUCUUCUCUUGAGGUUCAAGAAGCUUGAUCCUCGUGUCCGUAACCAGCGGCUUUGGCAGACGGCGCUGUUGUGUGGGCCACUGCUCCUUUCCGGAGUUGCGUCGAUCGUGAAGACUUAUUUACUCUCAGCUCUGGGGAAUAGAUUAGAUUUCACGUGGAACAUCAUACCCUUCGUUCUCUGGGUCAAAAUUGAAAACUACUGCAUUCCAAUUGCGACCACGGCGCCCAUCAUACGCCUUUUCAUUCGAACCUUCAUUGACCAAAGAGGUGGCGCUGGUGACAAAGGAUAUGAAAUAAGCAGCACUAGCGGAGUACCAUCGAAACGUGGCCCUGCGGUUGAAUUGACAACACGGUCGAAGCUCGGAUCGCAUGUACAUCGUGAUGACCAUCCUUUCGUUCAUAUGCGAGAUGUUGAUGAGAUUAGUGAUCCUCCGCGGAUUGGGAGUGCGCAUGGUUCAGAGAAUGAGUUGGUUGGGUCCAACAUCUUGGUCAAGCAGGAAUACGAAGUGCGAGUUGAAGAGGAUAAGGGCCAGGUUAAGCACAUUAGGAAGCACUUCUAA